UUCAGGUGAGCUCCGACAUGUCCUCGUACCUGUGACUCAAGAGGGAGUCCUGGGACGAGAAGAAGCUUGUUUCUUCCUCACCUCCCCCCGUCCUAGUCCGACCAUAUGUAGUCCUCCGUCGGCGUCGUUGAGGAGCCAGACACACUUUGACUGGCGUGGAGCAGGUGACGGGAUGAAGAGGGAUGCGUGUGUGGCCACGAUAAUAAUGUUGCUGUUUUCAUCUGCCCAUUGCAACAACAGGUCACCGCCGGGGAGACCAGUCUUGCUUGGCUGUCGGUCCCCCGAGAAAGAAACGUUCACCUGCUGGUGGGAGCCGGGCAUAGAUGGUGGACUUCCCACCACGCACCGCCUCUACUACCAGAGAGAACGAUUGGAGGGGAGAUAUGAGUGUCCGGACUACCACUCGGCCGGGAGGAACGCCUGCUUCUUUGACAGGAACUACACGUCCAUUUGGGUAGACUACUACCUGACAGUGGUGGCCUCCAACGCCCUGGGGAACGCCACUUCGGACAUCUUAAAGAUCGAUGUGAUGGAUAUUGUGAAGCCUGACGCACCUGAAAGCAUCAGAUUGGCGGCCGAGGACAGAGAGGAAAGUCCUAGUCUGUAUGUGAGUUGGGAGCAUCCCCAGAACGUGGACACCAACUCUGGCUGGGUCACUCUGGAAUAUCAGCUCAGAGCCAGACAACAACAACGAGGAGGAGAGACCACUACCAACUGGAAGGAGUACAAGGCCGGUACGCAAACCCAAUUCACACUUUACGGCGUCCAUCCCGGGGCAGUGUUCGUAGUCCAGGUGCGAUGUCGACUGGACCACGGUUCCUGGAGCUCCUGGAGCCACGCCUCCUACGUGAAGAUCCCCAACAGUAUUUGGAAGGAGAAACCCUUUUGGGUGUCGGUUUUGGCUCUGUCUGGCUUUCUGUUUCUCGCAGCACUCUGCAUUGUGGUCAUGAAAAGGAAAAGCGUGAUACAGUGUCUGCUGCCGCCUGUUCCAAGUCCAAAGAUACAAGGGGUUGACUUCCAGCUUCUCAAGAGUGGGCGACCCGAAGACCUCAUCAGCGCGCUGAUCAUCCACCAGGAUUUCCCUCCUGUGGUGGCCUGGAAUGACCACAUGGACAAUUACCUAAUCGUGUUGGACCAUGACGCCGGGGUUCAGCGGAGUAACUUCAGCUCAGACUUUCAAUAUAAGGACAGUAAAGCUGAGCAGAACUUGAAGUUCUUGAAGACUCCACCUGGCGUCAACCAGGAAGAUGGGGGUAGUAAGGUUUCAGCCCACAAGAGCUACAUGGACUUUGGGACACAUGUGCACCUCGAGACAGACUACAGCGGAGUCAAAGACGUGACGUCCGACGUCUUCCUCCUCAAUAGCAUGGACCUUCAGAGUCUAGAGCUCCUCCCUGAGGACUAUAGCAAGGUGGUGGACAGUAAAAUGCUCUUGUUCCAGAAACAGAGCAUCCAGUCGGACCACCACAAGAAGCCUCCGCCCAGACAUUCUCAUGGGGUUGCGGAUCUCAUAAAUGGCGGAUACGUACACGCCAUCACAACGCCACCUCUCGGGAAACCAUCGCUAACGUAUUGAAGGAUAAUAACACAUGGAUUCUUUUUCACGUUUUUACUUUUAUGUUUUAAGCUCUAAUAUUUGUAGAUGUGAAUACCAAGACAUUAGUAAGAUGGAGUUCCGGUCCUAUGACGGCAAUGUAACGUAUUUGUAUGCAAGUCGGAACAUUUCAAGGUCAUAAAUAUAAAACAAGCAAAUGAAAAACA